GCCUGAAUAUCGUGACCGAAAAAGAAAGCCUCUGUACGUGCGCGGGUCAGAGAAACCACGCGUCCACACAAACCUCAAACUUCGAGGAAUCAAACUCUCUCUCUUUCGCUUCAUCUCUUCUGUUCGGUUGCAGCAACAGGUGUUGGACUGCAGCCAUGCCUCUGAACGAAUACUCCCCCUCCACCAUCAUGGCUGAGAGCGACAAGAUGGCGGCCACGGCUGUAGUGCUCAGCGAUGCAGCGCCAGUGGAGGGUCUGUGUCGGUCCGAGUCAGAGGAGAGAACCAAGAGGAACAGCCCCCUAACUGCAGCUGAGCCUCCCUCUACGCCCAGCCCCAAACAGGGCCAGGACCUUGAUCCUACAGAUAUGAGUGUGACUCGGCGUUCCAGCGGAAGGAAGAGAGCCAGGAAGAGCCCAGAGAACUGGGACUCCUGCAGUCAGAGUCGUUCCACGAUUACCCCCUCCCCUCCCUCUGUGGAGCUGCUGGACCAGGACCAGGACUCCAAGGACUCCGCCCACAGCCUUGACUCACCCCCUCCCAGCCGUGAAUCUUCCUCCUCCCCCACAGAGACCGCUAGCCAGCCAGAGUACAAGGACAGUAAGGGCUUCGGCGUGGGAGAGCUGGUGUGGGGGAAGAUCAAAGGCUUCUCCUGGUGGCCGGGCAUAGUGGUGACCUGGUGCGUCACCGGCAAGAGGCUGGCCACGCCCGGCAUGCGCUGGCUCCAGUGGUUUGGAGACGGCAAGUUCUCAGAGGUCUCUGCCGAUAAGCUGUACUGCAUCACUGCUUUCCCCAAGUACUUCAGCCAGGCCUCGUACACCAGACUGGCAUCCUACCGCCGGGCAGUGUUCCAGGCCCUGGAGAUGGCAGGCAGGCGUGCGGGCCAGGUGUUUCCCGCGGGCGAGCAGGACAGCCCAGAGGGGCAGGUGAAGCCCAUGCUGGAGUGGGCUCAGAGUGGCUUCCUGCCCAAGGGCCCCGAGGGAGUCAAACCCCCCACCCACAGCACAGAGAAUGGCUCUCUGAGUUCCCAGGUCCUGGGGGCUGGUCUGUCUGAGUACUUCCCUCCCCCUAAGAGACAGAAGCCCAGCGUGGGCGGGGCCAAGGCCGGAAUCGAGGAAGUCUGCACCAGAGAACAAGUGGUGCAUGAAGUUUUGAAGGGCAGCAGGUCCAUAGAAGAGUUUUGCCUGUCCUGUGGCAGGACCCCAGUGAAGACCUUCCACCCCCUGUUCGAGGGGGGGCUGUGCCAGGCCUGCAAGGACGUGUAUUUAGAGACCUCCUACAUGUAUGAUGAUGACGGGUACCAGUCCUACUGCACGGUGUGCUGUGGGGGGCGUGAGGUGCUGCUCUGCGGGAACGCCAACUGCUGCAGGUGUUUCUGUGUGGAUUGCCUGGACGUGCUGGUGGGCGUGGGCUGCUCAGAGCAGGCCCGGGCCCUGGACCCGUGGCGCUGCUACAUGUGUCAGCCUCCACAGCGGUAUGGCGCUCUCGCCCGCCGGCAUGACUGGACCCUCAAACUGCAGGAGUUCUUCAUCAGCGACAACGGACAGGAGUUUGAGAGUGCAAAGAUCUACCCCGCUGUCCCAGCUGAGCAGAGACGGCCAAUCAGAGUGCUCUCCCUGUUUGAUGGCAUUGCCACUGGCUACUUGGUGCUGAAGGAUCUAGGUUUUCGGGUGGAGGAGUACAUCGCCUCUGAAGUGUGCGAGGACUCCAUCUCCGUCGGGGUGGUGCGUCACGAGGGGAAGAUCAAGCACGUGCACGACGUGCGGAACAUCACCAGGAAGGACAUCGCAGACUGGGGCCCGUUUGACCUGGUGAUUGGAGGGAGCCCGUGUAAUGACCUCUCCAUCGUCAAUCCUGCCAGGAAGGGUCUGUUCGAGGGCACCGGUCGGCUGUUCUUUGAGUUCUACCGGCUCCUGAACGCCAGCAAGCCCAGGGAGGGAGAGGACCGGCCGUUCUUCUGGCUGUUUGAGAAUGUGGUUGCCAUGGGGGUCAGCGACAAGAGAGACAUCUCCCGCUUCCUCGAGUGUAAUCCUGUGAUGAUCGAUGCCAUUGAAGUGUCAGCCGCUCACAGAGCCAGGUACUUCUGGGGGAACCUGCCGGGCAUGAACAGGCCAUUGUGUCCCUCUGGAACUGAUAAGCUCCAGCUGCAGGACUGCCUGGAGCACAGCCGUGUGGCCAAGUUUGGGAAGGUGAGGACCAUCACCACACGUUCCAACUCCAUUAAGCAGGGCAAAGAUCAGCACUUUCCCGUCAUCAUGAACGGCAAGGAGGACAUUCUGUGGUGCACAGAGAUGGAAAGGAUCUUCGGGUUCCCUGUGCACUACACGGACGUGUCCAACAUGGGCCGCGGCGCCCGUCAAAAGCUGCUGGGUCGCUCCUGGAGUGUGCCAGUCAUCCGCCACCUGUUCGCCCCCCUCAAGGACUACUUCGCCUGCGAAUAGCCCCCCACGAUCACCCCCUGCCACGACCCUCCCCUAACACCUCUUUCCCAUGACCCUCCACCCGCACCCCUUCCCAACCUUCCCAUCUUUCACUAUAGAGAUCCCCUCCCCCAUCCGCCCCAUCCCCCCCACACAGCCACCGGGGGUGCUGUUCCGCCCCCAACACAGGCCGCUUGGUCAAAUGAGGCCCUACAGUGACCCCUCAAACCGGUAAGCACACAGAACACAGCACCUUCUCCCCUCAUCCACACGGCCUUAUUUUCGGUUCUGAACAGGAAGUCUCUGGCAGAGACAGUUAUGCACCCCAGCACUGGAAGUGAAGGAAGCCUGGUGCCAUGGCAACGCUAUGGGCCCCGGUGUUCUUUGUGUUGUUUUAUUAAUACGUGCAUAUUGUCUGCAAUACUUGGUGUUCUCCGUGUCUUUAGCAAGUGUCACGAUAGAGACGUCGAUAAAUACAAAGAAUUUAAGAACAGGUCCCCAAAAAGUGUUUUUUAAAAAAAAAAGAAAUGAAAAUAUUGAGAUUAUUGGCUUUUAUGUUUAUGUUCCUUAUUUGUAUCUUUUUAAUCAUAGCAUAUAUUUAAAGUUUACACAAGUGUGUUUUAAGUAUCGUGAGACUCCAUAAUGUAAGAUGUUAUUGAACUGUUCAGUCUGCACUUAUGAAUAUGUUUAUUCAUGAACAGUACGACAACGGAAGUGAGGGGGGGAGAUCCUCGGUGGGUCGAUCUCUUGUUUUCAUUUUAAUGUUUUAAUAUCCUUCGCCACAAUAUAGGGCCAUUCAAGCUAUGCUAAUCUGUGUUUCCUGCUUUUAACAUGUUUUGAUUUAUUUUUAUUUCCUAUAACCUUUGUUAGAGAAAAAAAAGUACUGUAUUUCAUUAUUGUUUACACUUGUAAAAUGCGCUGGCUUCAAGCUUCGAGACCAUACUCAAAAAACUAAAAAGCAGCGCUAAACAUGUUACUCAUCUGACACACUUUACCUCAGUUUUUCAUCCUAAGCACACUGUAUAACAUUGAAGUCCAUAUUUACAAGAUGGAUACUUUACAACAUGCAGGGAGGUAUGUAAACCUUCCAAAAAUAAAAAAACUAUACUGUGAGUUAUUUUUACACAAAAGUACAUUUUCAGUUCAUAUAUAUAUUUUGAAAAACUUUUUACUGAUACAAUCUCUUUGUAAAUUUACAGAUCACUUUAGCAAUAUUCUAAGACUUGUGAAAUCAUGUCUUUUAGUGUCUUCUUAUACUCCUGAUUUUAUACACUGAUAUAACAGUAUAUAAUACUGAUUUUAUGUGUAUUUUCUGCAAGUAGAUUUGUUUUAAUACAAAAUGAAAAAAAAAAAAAAAGUUUUGUUUUUAACCAGUCUUUGCCUUUUAUGCGCAAGUGUAACUGAGUGGAAGGAAAGAUUAUUUUUAUGGUUUUGUAAUGAGGGUUCUUUGCCUGUCAACUUUAUGGGAGAGAAGCAGCAGAAUG